ACGGAUAAGUUUCUCCCAAACUAGCUGUAAACUAAACAGAGACACAGGCUGUCGUGACAAACUAGCGUUAGCAUGGCAGCUGCUCCGCUAACACGGCUACAGUGAGUGGACGUUACCACUCACGGUUAACGUUGUUCACAGUUUACCCAGAACAACAUGGACGAGUUGGACACAGCAGCGAUCCUUCCCGGCGAAGUCUCCAGCGCCACAUCGGAGGAUGAUUCGAAAGAAACAGAAGUAUCGACCACCACCGCCGCCGGACGACUACGACCCCCGUUCACAUGCCCGCUGCCGGUGUCCGUGGAGCCCGUGCUGUUCCUCUCCGUGUUCUCCAUGGCCCUGCAGGCGCCUCUGUCCACUCAGUAUCUAUGGGACAGAAUUAGCGAGGACCUCGGCUACAACGGCUCCAAGAGGUCCGACUGCAGCAACAGCUCCGUGACCCCCGACCCUCUUCAAAAGGAGGUGGAAACCUUAACAGCCCACUGGAACCUGUACAUCAGUCUGGGAGGCUUCUCUGUGGGGCUGCUGGUGGUGCCUCUCCUGGGCUCAUGGAGUGACCUUGCAGGUCGCCGGCCAGUCCUCAUCCUCCCCAGCCUUGGCCUGGCAUUGCAGACAGUCGUUAACCUUGUGGUGAUGUACUUGAAACUACCGGUAGUCUAUUUUCUGUUGGGCAGGCUGCUCAGUGGCCUCUUGGGUGAUUUCAAUGCCAUCUUGGCUGGCUGCUUUGCGUACGUGGCCGAUACCAGUGACAGAAGGUCCCGCACCUUCCGGGUGGCAGUGUUGGAGGCCUGUCUAGGUGUUUCAGGAAUGCUAGCCAGCAUUAUUGGAGGACAAUGGCGACAGGCACAAGGGUACAUCAACCCUUUCUGGCUGGUAUUGGCCACUAACUUGGCUGCCGCUCUGUAUGCUUACCUGUUUGUCCACGAGUGCGUCCCCCCAGACCCGAGUGCAAAGCUCCUCACCACUCGCCACUACAAGGCUGUCUGGCGCCUCUUCUCAACGGGGGGCAGUAGCGGUGAGGAUGGUGGAGGAGAUCACAGAUGCAAGCUGUGGCUUUACACACUGUGCUUCUUCCUGGUGGUGACUGUACAUUCCGGUAGCCGGGAGCUGUAUGUGCUGUUUGAGCUGAGCUCGCCGCUCUGCUGGGGCCCCACCCUCAUUGGCUUCGGAUCGGCAGCUCAGCACCUGGCGUACCUGAGCAGCCUGCUGGGGCUGAAGAUCAUGCAGCAAUGCCUGGAGGACUCGUGGGUGGCUGUCAUGGGUCUGGCCUCCAAUAUAAUCGGGCUGGUGGUCUUCUCUGUAGCGAACACCACCCAACUCAUGUUCACAGGUUAUGGUCUGUGUUUCCUCUUCAUGACUUCGACGCCUGUGCUCAGGUCAAAACUGUCAAAGUUGGUGAACCCAUCAGAGCAAGGUGCUCUGUUUGCCUCCGUUGCCUGUGUGGAGAGUUUAUGUUUUCUGGUGGGAAGUGGUGUCUUCAACUCGAUCUACCCAGCCACCCUGCACUUCAUGAAGGGCUUUUCUUUCCUUUUUGCAGCCGUCAUCCUCUUCAUCCCUGCUGGAAUAAUUGGGACCCUGCAGUGUUUAGACCAGAGAAGAGACCAGAGAGACGCCACAGUAUCUUGACAUGAAGAAGAAUAUAGCAGACAGGAACCUUUCAAAGAACUUUGUUGUGGUGUUAGUGUCUGUGACGUGAGCAGCUCUCACACGGACACAUGCAUUACGUGCGUUUGUGCUUCUGGGUUUGUUGCAAGCUCAGCAACAGGAUUCUUCCCACUACUCAUCCCAAAGUGAUCAAGACCAAAGGAUGAAGAAUCAGCUGAAAAACAUUUCAUUAAAUUCAAUGAUGGGCUGUGGGGUUAGGGAAAAUGUUUGCAGCCCCUAAAAUUCCAACAUAAUUUCCAAUUAUGUCAUCAUUGCAUACAUAUAAAUCGUAAAAUGAC